AUGUUUGCUGGGCUUUGGUUCGGUGUCUCCAAGCCACAUUUCCAAACAUUUAUGCAGCCAUUCGCAAACUCACUAAAUGAUUUAUUCUUCAAAGGUAAGGUUUAUGUUUUUAAAAUCAGUCCCCAUUUUUUGUAUUACCUUAAAGCAUGCAUUUAUCUGCUACAUUCUAAUGUACAUAUAUGCACACUGUAGUCACAGCUACUCUCUAGUAUACUAUUAGUUCAGAAUGUUCAUAAUAAAUACAUUGUACAACUGUUGCUGUUUGACAUAAUUAUUACUCCCCCGAACUAUAUAUAAUUUACAAAAGGGGACAAAGGAAAUUGAGUCACUAUAGAGUGACUCACCGGACAACUUCCCUAAAACUUUGCUUUAUAUUUUCUGUAAAGGUGACCUGUAUAUAGUGGUCACCUGUUAGUGUCUUGUAACGGAUGCAGUCACCCUUUAGACUUAGAUGCUAUUCAUUAACUUCCAGUAGAGUUUAAAGAGAACCUGUAUAUAACGGCCACUUGGCCAUUUCCCAAGGGUGACCGUUAUACACAGGUUUAACUUACAACUCUGACUAAAGGAGAUUUGGCAUAAUACAUGUAGAUACAAAUGUGUGCUUUAAAUUAUUGAAAAUUAUUUUCAAUCAUUAUUUAGCAGCUACAUGUAUGUAUGAAUUUCAAAAAUGCUUUGAUGUGUUAUCUGUUAUCAAUUAACUUUGAAGUCUAUAGAAAUUCUGCUGCCCUCAUUUCUACCCUAUGGGUCAACAUCUGAAUAGUCAGGAUUUUUUUUGCUCCUUUUUAUAGGGAUUGAUGUAAAGCUGAAUGGCAAGAACAUGUUGCUUCGCUGUAUUUUACUCUUAGGGACAUUUGAUGCCCCAGCAAAGUGCCUUUUCCAAGAGUUUUGUCAAUUCAAUGCCUUUUAUGGUUGCCCAUACUGCCUGAGCCCUGGCAAAACUGUGCAGACAAGUAGCAAAGGGCACACUCAUGCUUACCCAUUUGAUGAAGCAAAUCUCAGAACUGGUCAUGGGGAACCAAGAACACAUGAACAGACAUUAAAGUUUGCAGCUGAAGCUACCAAGGAAAGUGCUCAAAAGGGCAUCCCAAGUAGUGUUAAAGGGGUUAAAGGCUAUUCAUGGUUUAUGUUUAUUCCAAAGUUUGACAUCAUUAGAGGAAUAGCCAUUGACUAUAUGCACAGUACAUUACUUGGCGUGGUUAAGAUGUUGCUUACCCUUUGGAGUGACAAGACAUAUAAAGCAGAGCCAUGGUCUGUCUGUAAAAGAAUGAAAGAAAUUGAAGAGAGGUACCUAAAGAUUAGUCCUCCUUCUUGCAUCACGCGCCUUCCCAGAAGCCUGAUAGCAAACUUUGGGCAUCUCAAAGCAUCUGAGUUAAGGACUUUCCUGUUGUUCUACUCUGUUCCAUGUCUGUAUGGUAUUCUUCCAGAAGAGUACUUUCAGCACUACCUUCACCUUGUGGAAGCCAUUUACCUUCUUCUCCAGGAUUCUAUCUCUCCGAAUGACAUUGUAAAGGCCUCUGCUUUAAUAAAGCAUUUCUGUAUCAGGAUAAAGGAACUUUAUGCAGCCCGCUAUGAAACUUUUAAUGUGCACUGUUUACUUCACAUGACAGAAAAGUGA